AUGGCGGUGGAUGAGGUCAAGGAGCUGUCGUCGCACCUGGAGGAUGUGGGGCAGGGCAACAGCGACUACUACCCGAGCAGCGAGCAGUCACAGCUGUACGGCAAUCUGUUUUUCCUGCUGCAGACGGAGCCACGGCACAUAGCAACGCUGGCGCGGCUGGUGACGCUGAGCGAGAUCGACACACUCCUGCAGACAGUGAUGUUUACAUUGUACGGCAACCAGUACGAGUCGCGCGAAGAGCACCUGCUGCUGACGAUGUUCCAGCUGGUGCUUGCGGCGCAGUUUGAGACGACGACCGGAGUUUGCGAAUCUUUUGCGGCAAAACACGCCGGUGUCGCGAAUGAUGACGACGCGUACCUGAAAAACGUAAUCAGCAGCGAGAUCAACCGGGUGAUUGAGGACGCAGAGCAGAACCUGGAAAUCAACCCACUGAAGAUAUACGAGGAGAUCCGGCAGGGGCUGGAGGACCGGGGGCUGGCGACGGACGAGUUCCCGCCGGGCGUGUCAACAGAGGAGGCAGGGCAGCACCCGAAGGUGGUGGAGGCGCUGCGGCCGCGGAUUGCGGAGCUGACCCAGAUUGCGGGGCGGUUCCUGGACACGAUCAUCGGGAACAAGGACGCGACGCCGUAUGGAAUCCGGUGGAUCUGCAAGCAGAUCCGGUCGCUGACACGGCGGCGGUACCCGGAGGCGACGGACUCGGCGGUGUGCUCGCUGAUCGGCGGGUUCUUCUUCCUGCGAUUCAUCAACCCGGCGAUAGUGACGCCGCAGGCAUACAUGCUGAUCGAGACGGCGCCUACAGCACAUCCACGGCGGGCGCUGACGCUGGUGGCCAAGGUUCUGCAGAGCCUGGCGAACAAGCCGACAUACGCCAAGGAGCAGUACAUGGCGGGGCUGACGCCGUUCCUGAACGAGCUGUGCGAGGUCGGCGACUUUUACGACAGCAUGGAGAUGGACCAGUAUGUGGCGCUGACCAAGCAUGACAUCACACUGCACGUGACGCUCAACGAGCUGUACAACACGCACGCACUGCUGCGACAGCACCAGCACGUGCUGGCGCCCUCGGGCGGCGCGCACCUGCGGCAGCUGUUGGACGCAUUGGGCAGCGCCCCGGCGCUGGUACCGCGCAGUGCCAACGCCAGCCUGGAGCUGCGGCUGUUCAGCCGGUGGGAGACGCCGAUUCUGUCAGACCUGUCGGCGCUGGCAGCGGACAAUGCGCUGACUCAGCACGACAUCAUGUAUGUGGAAGCCAAGUCUAUUCUGGUGCAGAUAAUCCGCAGCAUGCCGGCGCUGCAGGCGCGGCGGUAUACGCCCGAGAGCAACACAGCAGCCAGGGCGGACCUUUUGUUUGUGGCGGAGCAGGCGGCGACAUCGCGCGAUGCGGCGCUGGUGCGCAAGGGGAUCAAGGUGCGCGAGAUGCUGGGGGAACUGUCGGCGACGGGCGCGCUGCAGGCAGACGGGCACCGGUAUCUGGCAGAGGAGAUUGUGCGGGAGCUGGCGCACCUUGGCAGUCUGCGCGACAAGGUGGAGGCGGAGAUUGUCGGGCUGCAGGACGUGCUAAGGACGAUCGGCGACUACAACGGAUAUCUGCAGCAGCAGCUGGGAGACACAGCGGCGCCCAAGAGCCAGCGCAAGAACGGCAUGCCGGUGGGCGUGACGGUGGCGACCCCGGCGCAGAGCAGUAGACAGAGACGGGCGCCGGAGCGCUCCAAGGUUAUGGCGCCGAUCAGAUUUGCGCUGGCGCAGCUGGAGCGCGACGGCGUCGUGUGCGACUCGAAGAUCCCCGAGAACCGCCGUCACGCGAUGGUAUUUGCCUUGUCCAGUCCGCAGCCCGCCGCUUAUGUUAUCGAGCUGCUGCUCAAGGGCCGCGAGAAACCCAUCAUCCACAUGGACCUGAAUCUCGACGAUCUGCUGGAGCGCCAGCAUGCCAACAUCGCCGUGCUGGAUCUCGAGUAUGUGCAUCUGAGCGUCCCGCGCCUGCUGGAUCUGCUCAAGAAGAGCUUCAUGCGCUAA